AUGACAGCCUCGGAAAAUACUCAAGAUGCCUGGGAACUGUCAGACGAAGGCUGUCAUGUCGCCCUGACCCAUGACCAUCUCAACGCCCAGGCCAUCAUGGACCGUGUGCGCAGCCCCUCUGCGGGUGCCAUUGUGCUUUUUGCAGGCACAACUCGUGACAACUUUGCCGGCAAGCCCGUCAAGGAGCUCCAGUACACGGCCUAUCGCCCGCGCGCCCUGCGCUCCAUGCUCACCAUCGCGAAGGACGUUCGGGAUCGGCACGGCCUCCGCGGGGUCGCCAUGAUUCACCGGCUCGGGACCGUGCCCAUCGGCGAGGAGAGUAUCCUGAUCGCCGUUUCGGCGCCGCACCGGCAAGCGGCAUGGCGGGCGGGCGAAGAAGCGCUGGAGCAGUGCAAGGAAAAGGUCGAGGUUUGGAAGCGUGAGGAAUUUGAGGGUGAAGAGGGCGUUUGGAGGGCAAAUCGCGAUGGAGUCAUGGGACAGCGGGAGGGGAAGAGUUGA